AUGGUACGGUACAGAAGUUGUGCGGGUGCGCCCAAGAACCUCCCGCCGGCGGCCAAGCAGGCCAAGAUCCUCGCCUACUUCCAGGAGUCGAUGUCGGUGUUCACGCUCAAGGAGCUCGAGAAGAACAUCGCGGCAGUGGCCUCGGUCAACCAGAUGCAGGUCAAGGAGUACCUGCAGGCGAUCCAGGACGAGAACCUGAUCCGCGUGGAGAAGAUCGGCAGCGGCAACUGGUACUGGUGCUUCACGUCCGACGCGAAGAUGGGCAAGGAGCGGAUGCUGGCGAAGCUGAGCGCGGAGGAGGAGGGCUUGCUGGGCGCCGUGAGGGAGCUGGAGGCUGUCAUUGAGGCGGAGGUGCGCGCGCGUGAGGAUGGAGAUGGGGAGUGGGAUGGGGAUGGGCAGGGAGAGGGCGUGGAUCGGAAGUCGUUGUUGGAGAUGCAUGCGAGGUUGAUGGGGGAGAUGGAGGGGUUGGAUAGGGCGUUGGCAGCUUAUAGCGAUCAUGAUCCCGAGGAGGUCAUGCGCAAGGCGCUGGAGGUAAAGCGGUUGAGGGAGAGCGCCGUGAGGUGGACGGAUAACCUGGAGUCGCUGGAGUCGUUUCUGCAUGGGCUUACGGAUCGGGAGAGGGUGACUAGUAUCAUGGAGGCGGCGUGUGGUGCUGAGUAUGUUGCUGGAGAGGGAUUGACGGAUCUGUGA